UCUGACUGGCUGUUACUAGGGUUGACGGUACCUUGUCGUCUACCUGGCGAGGACGGAGAACCCGGCUACCCAGGAUUACCUGGAAGAACAGGUCCCAAGGGUGAGCCAGGUUUCCCAGGGGGUCCCGGUCGGCCCGGCUUUGAUGGAGGGAAGGGAGAGAGAGGAGACCCUGGCUUCGGAGGUCAGCCUGGACCACAAGGUUUCCCUGGCCCCAGAGGAGAUGCUGGGGUCCCAGGUAUCCCAGGCGAGGGCCGUCCAGGGGCCCCAGGGAAAAACGGGUUCCAGGGGCGGCCGGGGGGAAAGGGGCAGCCGGGGGAGGUUCUGGGGGCCUCAACAGGUCUCCCUGGAUCACCUGGGUUCCCAGGAGGACCAGGAGACAAGGGAGAGCGAGGAGCAUCAGGACUUCCCGGAGGAUCAGGUUUUGAUGGUCGGUCGGGCAUUCCCGGAGCUAAGGGUGAGCGCGGUACGGAUGGCUACCCCGGAGCUCUAGGUCUUCCCGGACUUCCUGGAGACAGAGGCAAUGGAUUUCCCGGUCCUGCUGGACCAGCCGGAAGCAAAGGAUUACCCGGAUCUCCAGGCUACCCCGGUUUAAAAGGAGCCAGAGGUGACGCUGGCUUCCCAGGCCCAACUGGGAGGAAGGGACAACCAGGACAACCAGGAGGGGAUGGAUCAUCAGGACUCAGGGGCCUUCCGGGACCACCGGGCCCCGGGGGAAGAAACGGCAUCCCUGGGGGACCAGGGAGGAAGGGCGAGAGUGGUUACCCUGGACUGGCGGGUUUCCCCGGAAUGCCAGGUAACCCUGGAAGACCCGGUGGACCAGGAGGUAAAGGAGCUCCGGGGUUCUCAGGAAAAGACGGCCUGCCCGGUCGCUUCGGAGCGCCAGGACCUAAAGGUGACGAAGGUUACCGUGGUCUCCCUGGCCCACCCGCUCUGCCCCGCAUAGUAGAUUACCUGGAGAAGGGACAGAGGGGCGACAAUGGUGCCAAUGGACUACCUGGUUUCCCUGGACCUAGAGGUGACAAGGGUUUCCCAGGCCAGCCUGGUCGUCAGGGUCUGCCCGGGCUGCCUGGUUAUGCUGACAGGGCUAAAGGUGAACCAGGACUUCCCGGUCUCCCCGGACGCCCGGCCGGGCCAGGCUACCCAGGCCCUAAAGGAUCUCCCGGUAUCAUCGGCUUCCCUGGCAUGCCUGGACCAAGGGGUGACGAUGGCAGGCCUGGUUUCCCUGGUAACCCUGGAGUGCCUGGUCAGCCAGGUGCUAAAGGGGAGAGAGGUGACUCGUCCGGCUACCCCGGAAGUCCCGGAGCUAAAGGUGAGUCCGGAACCCCCGGUUACCCAGGUGGCCAAGGUGCUAAUGGCGCCCCCGGCGACAACGGUUUCCCAGGGGGCCCUGGGUUCAGCGGACAGAAGGGAGCACCGGGAGUUCCUGGAAGACCCGGACUCUUGGGUACCCCUGGUUUCACUGGGGCAAAGGGUCUGAACGGAUACCCAGGAGGAAGAGGUCUGGACGGGACGACUGGCCGCCCCGGCUCCCCUGGAUCAUCUGGAGAAAAAGGUCUGCCGGGAUCUCCUGGUCUUGAUGGACUCAACGGACUGGCUGGACCGAACGGUAUACCAGGAACCCCGGGUUAUAGUGUGGAGGGUCGCCCCGGCACCCCUGGAGCGGCCGGUCUGAAGGGAGAGAGGGGAUCCUCCAUCCCAGGACCCCCGGGAUACAACGCGGAGAAGGGAGCGAGAGGAGACUGCCCGGACUCGAUGGAGAAGAAGGUUACGGUGGUCCUCCAGGCCCCCCAGGCCCACCGGGGCCCAGUACGGCCCAGGGAGACAGAGGUGACGCUGGGCUACCUGGCUUCCCCGGUACCCCUGGGAGACGUGGAGACCCUGGAGGUCCCGGUGGUCCAGGAAGGGAAGGCAGCCCUGGGUUCAAUGGAGAGAGAGGCGACUCUGGGUACAGUGGAGUGUCAGGAACCAAAGGCUACCCUGGAGAUACAGGAUAUUACGGAGGGAAAGGACCCAAAGGAAAGAAAGGUUCUUCUGGUGGUAAGGGGGCCCCAGGUAUAA